AUGAAUCCCCCGAUUGUAUAUGACACAACUGAUGCCAUAAACUAUAUGAGGGAAGUUAGGGAGACUUACCUAGAUCGAAAGGAGAAGUAUGAUACGUUCAUUGCCCUUAUGAGGGAGUACAAAGAUAAAAGGGUUGACAAUCUAGGCAUCAUUGGGGGAUUAACGGAAUUGUUUGUAGGGCAUCCGAACUUGCUUCUUGGUUUCAAUAAGUUUUUGCCACGAGAGUUUGAAAUCACCCUAGAUGAUGAAGUAGAGGUUGCCCCUGAUGAGACAACGAAGGAUUUUGAGGAGGCUCUAGGUUUCAUCGAGAAAGUAAAGAAGCGUUUCGAAAGCAACCACCUUGUCUACACUUCUUUUCUAGACCAUUUGCAUGCGUUUAAGUAUGGAGGCAAGAGCGUUGAUGAAGUCUACCGUGAGAAGCAUUUUAGAAUCAACCACCAUGUCUACACUUCUUUUUGGGACCAUUUGGAUGCGUAUAAGGACGUAAGUAAGAGCAUUUAUGAGGUCUACCAAGAGGUUGCGUCGCUUUUCAAGGACCACCCAGAUAUGUUGGUCAAGUUCACCGAAUAG